AUGCUCUACUGGUUUUUAAUCAAUACCGGUAAAUCACGACCAAGUGGCAAAGACUACAUGGAGACGUCUUCACAGCCCGAAUUUGAUCAAGAAAAUCUUAACGAGGAUGUUCAGCGUAUGCGUAUACUUUGGGUGAAUGAGCUCAAUGCUCCAGAGAUCUUGCCAUACGACGAUGAAAUGGUGACUGAAAUGGUGGAACAGAUCCGGAAUCAACAGGAAUACGUUGAUUCAGUAAAUGAAGAUCGUGCACAGCGUACAGAAGAGACAUCAUUUGUCAAUAAGCUAUACCAGAUGGAAAUCGACCGAUUGCGUUAUAUAGUCUCAUCGUACCUCCGCACACGUCUACGCAAGAUUGAAAACUUUGUUUUUCACAUUCUUGAAGAUGAAGAGCUGAUUCAGCGACUGUCAGUGAAAGAACGGGACUUUGCUCAGCAAUUUGCAAUGCUUUAUGAAUCUCAUGUUAACAAUCUGGCUCUUGACAAGUUUUCAAAUGAAAAUCGCACCCUUACAGCUGAAGGCAUGGUUUCCAAGCCGAAUCUCGACAAUUUUGUGUUUUGCCAAGGCAAAGAAGCAGGUGGAGUACAAUGCGAUGAUAAAGGCGGCGAUUUUGUGCAAGUGACGUCAGCAGAUCGCUACGUACUGCGUUAUCGAAGUGUUCAGGAGCACGUUCGAGCAGGAACAAUCGACCUCAUAUAA